CAAAUCAUAUCAUUUUCGACAACUGGAUAUCAAUAUGACAUCAAAUAGUUUUUGUUCUAGCAUUUGCAGCGAGGCACAACUUGCCAUUUGAUCUAUAACCUAAUUUGGUGUAACCGAUACUGAAUCGUUGAAAAUCAUUCGAAUUUUGAACUUCGCGGCUUCCGAAUUAAUAUAUAAUGCGUAUGUAUGUGGCGACUUCCCCCCAACGCGCUGAAGCAGCGCCAGGCGGCGCCACACUAUCGACAGAGACGGCGAGAGAGAAAGCAAACGAUAGUCCCGCGGAAGUGCUAUUGAGUCAAUCAGACUCGCCACUCACGUCCGACUCAACACGAUUACCGGCUCGUUCAACUCUGGCAACUGACGCUCACUGCCUUUCGACAUUGAUCGCGCGAGUGAAUCAAACAUCACAGUGUUUUAAAGUGCAUUGCCACAGCUUUGGCGUUUGGAGCUCGUCACGUUCAUUUGAAAACACGAUCGCAUUAUAUUGUAGAAUAUGAAACAGGCUUAAAUCCAUGUUGUUUUACUGCGUGAUGCAUAACGGCAUCAAAUUUUGACCACCAGACUUUGUAACAUUUAAUUAUGAAAAUUGAAGUUCAUCCACUAACUCAAGAUCCAACUACCGCAUGGCAAGAACUAGCUAAGCAGCAAAAAUUCAUAAAAAUAAAUGCAAAAAUCCCGACCACACCCGCAUCAAAAGAUAAGCUCCGAAUAGUUUGUAUGAGUGAUACUCAUUCUUUAACACAAUACAUAAAAUUUAACAUUCCUGAUGGGGAUGUCUUCAUACAUGCUGGAGAUUUCACUAAACGUGGAAGACUUCAAGAAGUGAUUGAUUUUAAUCAAUGGAUUGAUAACUUACCGCACAAGCAUAAAAUAGUUAUUGCAGGAAAUCAUGAACUGAGUUUUGACCCUAUAUUUACACAUGCUGUCAAUUGUCAGACUAGUGAAACAAUUAGCAGCAGUAAUGUAAAAGAUGUAUUGACUAAUUGUACUUAUCUUGAAGAUUCAGAAAUUGUCAUUUGUGGUAUUAAAAUUUAUGGUUCACCAUGGCAACCAAAAUUUUACAAUUGGGCUUUUAAUCUACUUCGAGGAGAAGAAUUGUUAUCUAAAUGGAAUAAGAUCCCAGAUGAUACAGAUAUUUUAGUUACACAUAGUCCUCCAGUAGGCCAUGGUGAUCUUUGCUACCGUGGAGUUAGAGCUGGAUGUGUUGAAUUAUUAACUACUGUGCAGAAUCGAGUGAAACCAAAAUAUCACAUUUUUGGGCACAUUCAUGAAGGAUAUGGUAUCUCUUCAGAUGGUGAAAUAAUAUUUAUCAAUGCUUCAACAUGUGAUUUAAACUAUCAACCAAGCAAUCUACCUAUAGUUUUUGAUAUAACUUUGCCACCAGGCAUAGAAAAAGAUUAAUCUCUACACAAUUAGAUAUUUAAUAUUUUACCAGCAUUUUUAAGAAAAAUUUGUUGUACUUUAGAAACAACUUUGUUAUCAGUGAGAGAAACAAGUAUUUCAAUUAUGCUGAAAGCUCAGACUAAAUAAUGCCAUAACAGGUUAAAAUGUAAAUUGACAAAUUAAUAUCUAUAUAAUUACUUUAACUUUUUAGUUUAAAAUUAGAUUAGUUAUUUAAAAUAACAUUGCAAGUCACAUAUAUUUUUUGUUUUCACCUAAAUUUAAUUCCAUUUAAUUUUUUAAAACUCAAUUUGAACUUUUUCUCUUGUUUCCAUUUGUACUUGCAGAAUACAUAUUCUUCAUGAUGCAUUAUUUGGCAGUAAAAGGUACAAAAUAGAAAGACUAAAAAUGCUUUAUUGAUCAUACACGAAAGUCAGCAUUGCAAAAAAAUUUUAAUUUAAAUAUUUCGUCCUUUUCAAAACUUGAAGAAUAUCUUUUCAUUUGUAUAACAAUUUUUACAUUUUAAAUUAAAAAUUUCGCAACUGAUAUUUUGUAAAUGUUCAUUAGAAAUGAAUAUUUGCAUUGAAUCCUUAUUUUUAUUAUCAUAAAAUUAUUUUUCUAUUUAGUCAUUUAAAUUAAAAAAUAGAUUAAAAAUAUUGGAAUUGUGUAUAUUUUAAUAAAAGACAU